AUGUCAACCAUUCUGCCUGGAAAAGUUCCAGACACUGUCAACGAUUCUGCCUGGAAAAGUUCCAGACAAUGUCAACGAUUCUGCCUGGAAAAGUUCCAGACACUUUACUAUGUUAAUAUGCCAACAAAGCUAAAGAAUACAGGCGAAGCUGAUGGCUCUGAUGACGGAAACAUCACUGCUAUGAAACAUAACAAGACCAUUCGACUGCAUGGAUACCGCAAAGGAAGACUUCCAACAGAAACACCUGAGACAAUUGACUCUAGAACUCUCCUACUAAUGUCUCUGACGCCUCCCAAACCGCCCUCAGCCUCCGCGGUGGAAAACCAGACGCUCUCUACGACGUUCAGCCCGUCGUACUUAGACGAGAAACCUCGCGUCUCUCCUUCUGUCCAAAAUGGUGAUGACUCACACCAGAAGGAGAAGAACCACUACCAGAAAACCGAGGAGGCCACCAGGCAUUACGAGCGGCACGCCGUGACGUCACGACUUGAUGACGUAUCAUCCGGCACUCGGGAGAGCCUCUCGCCGAUGAGGCAUCCAGGGCCACAGAAGGAGGAGGAGGAGGAGCCGAAGGACCACCAGAAAGGACGCGACAGCCCUCACCCCCACCUGGCGAAAGUAGCCGACAACGAGGCGGUCUCUCCAUGCGACAGAUUCCCGCAGCGGCAGCCGCCGCCGGCCGGCCAUUUCCGCCUGCAAGACGCGGGAACUUUCCCGCGCAAGACGGAGAUUCUUCCUCGCUUCGUCGCCAAGAUGGAGCCUUUGCGGGCCUCCGGUUCACCCCCUCCUCAGAAUCCAGAGAAGAUGGAGGUUUCUCGUACGCCAGCAGACGUCGCGGGGUACGUGUCUGCAGCCAGCGCUGCUGCUGCUGCUGCUGCAGCAUACCAAUCUCCAGCGGCUUCUGGUUCCCCCUACCUGAACCACGACGCUUCCCUGGGCAUCAACGCGACUAGCGCCAGUUCGGCCGACGGCGCUCACGAUACGGGUAUACGCAGGUACAGGACAGCCUUUACGAGGGAGCAGGUAUCGCGCCUGGAGCGAGAGUUCCUUCGUGAGAACUACGUCAGUAGACCCAGGAGAUGCGAACUAGCAGCCGAGCUACACUUACCAGAAGCAACUAUAAAGGUGUGGUUCCAAAACCGAAGGAUGAAGGACAAACGCCAGAGGAUGGCGCUCGCUUGGCCGUACUGGGACUCCGCCCUGGCAGCCACCCUCCUCCACGCAACGCACCCCACACCCCCGCUCUUGCACCCUCUGGGAUCUCACACCCACCUCGCGCCCCACCUGCCAGCCGCCCACACCGUCUCCUCCUUCCUGCCCUCUCACUUGGGGCUCGGCCAUUUCCUCACCCCUCAGAGCUUCACUGCAGCAGCCACGCACCCCUCCCCCUCCCUGCCCAUCAGACCGUACCCGACCCUCCUCCUUCACACGGUGCCACCCGCUGCCCAGCCCUUGCUAGCCAACCACGAGCCUAGACCGACGCUGCCUCUACCCAGGCACUGUUUGGCUGCCCUUCCUAGGCCGUGUCUGUGGGAGGAGAGUCGCCCUGUGGACAUCUCCAGCAAGAGUAACUAUUCUCUGUUCCCCGCGACUUUAGACGCAACGAGCGUCGGCAAGGACCUGGAGGCGUCAUCUUUGUCGAUAGGCGGAUACCGGCAGCAACAGAGCUCCUCUUCUCCUCUCCCGCCAUCUGCGAAGGGCAGGGCAGCGCAUGCGUCGUCAUCCCCUCACGGUCGCCAACAUCACUCGUUUUCGCCCAGUGCCCCUCCUCUUCACAAAGGACCUCCUCCUCCUCCUCCUCCUCUCCUCCCCCACCCGCUCCUGCUUCUGCUCCUUCGCCCCAGGGAACCACCAAUGCCACAGUUCCUACCCACACCCAGGCAUCCAAUGUCACCCGCGCUCCACAACACACUCACUCCCACACCGUCACCCACCCGCAACGGUCGCCAGAUGUCCGUCGUUGACAAACGAAGUAUUAGACUUAAAAGUCUAAAAGGCAAACGAAAUCAUACUGAAUAUCAUCAUUCUGUUAAUAGUCAAUAA